AGUCAAAUCCCAACCGCACAGACAAAGCAGGCCGAAUUGCACAAUCCUAUCUAUCUCCAUCAUCACUAACCCAAUUCUCUCUGCAGAGUAGAAUCCGAAGAAAGUCUCCAUCUUUCUUUCUGAGUUUCUUGUUUAUCAAACCAAAGCAAUGAUUCACUAAACCCUCUACUUCUGUGGAUCCAUAGUUAAAGAACAAUGAGUGUUACAAGCUUUAGCAAUAGUGCUAACUCCACAGCAUCAGCAUCUGUGUAUUCAGUACGGAAACUCCCUUUUCUAUCCGUGUCUGAAUCGUUGCCUUGCCCGAAGAGUUCUAGAAAACCACCGUCUCCUCCUUUAAGAUGUAGAUGGAGAUCAAGAUCGGAUUUGCUUUGUGGAAAAUUUACUGUUCAUGCAUCAAAUGCUGGUGUUGGAUCUGGGAGUGAGGAGGAUGGAUCUCAAAGUAGUUCUCUUGAUCAGUCUUCACAAGAAAGCUUAAAACCUCAAGGGCCAUUCCCUUACUCUUUAUCGAUAGCACUUGUACUACUGAGUUGCGGUUUGGUAUUCUCUCUAAUCACUUUUGUCAAGGGAGGACCAUCCUCAGUUCUAGCAGCAGUAGCAAAAUCAGGCUUCACCGCAGCCUUCUCACUGAUCUUCGUUUCUGAGAUUGGUGACAAGACAUUUUUUAUUGCUGCUUUGUUGGCUAUGCAAUACGAGAAAACAUUGGUCCUUUUAGGUUCAAUGGGAGCUUUAUCGUUGAUGACUGUCUUAUCGGUUGUUAUCGGGAAGGUUUUUCAAUCCGUGCCUGCUCAGUUCCAGACAACUGUACCGAUAGGAGAAUAUGCUGCAAUUGCGCUUCUCAUGUUCUUUGGAUUGAAAUCCAUCAAGGAUGCAUGGGAUCUUCCACAAGCUGAAGCCAAGAAUGGUGAGGAGAGUGGUAUAGAACUCGGUGAAUACACUGAAGCUGAGGAACUCGUUAAAGAAAAGGCGUCUAAAAAGUUGACAAACCCACUUGAAAUCCUCUGGAAAUCAUUCAGCCUUGUCUUCUUUGCUGAAUGGGGAGAUCGGUCAAUGCUUGCAACUGUUGCGCUUGGGGCUGCACAGUCACCAUGGGGAGUUGCGAGUGGUGCUAUUGCUGGACACUUAGUGGCAACAUUGCUUGCAAUCAUGGGCGGCGCGUUCUUAGCCAACUAUAUCUCCGAGAAAGUGGUGGGAUACGUUGGUGGAGCUCUCUUCUUAGUCUUUGCUGCAGCUACAUUCUUCGGAGUGUUCUGAGUAAACUCAUGGCCCUAUAGGAGAAGAAGUAGCGGCUGACCAAACAGUAUUCUUAUGCUUAGUUCUUUGUUGGACCAUAAGCAUGUAAGCAAUAAAUUCAAAACCCUUCCUAUUGUACUGUUGGUCUCCAAUUCCUAUAAAUGGUUCAGGAUAUGAUGUUUGUUGUAUCAAAUCAUAUAAAAUACAAUGUUUCUUUUA